CUCAUUCCCAGUCCCCAUCCGAGUCCGAUCCAACAGCGUACGGCGUCGAACACCCUGCGCGCGCCACCACCCCGCUCGCAGCCCGCCCAUGGCGUUCGCGCUCAAGGCUGCCUUCCCUGCCACCGUCGCAACCGCGGGCUCGGCGUCGUUCUCCGCGGCGGGGCCGAGGCGGAGCGCGGAGGCGGGGAGAGUUUCCUUCCGGGGCGCCGCGCCCGUGGUCUCCGUCAGGGCGGCGGCCUUGGCCGUGGACAAGCGCAGCAUCUCCGGCACCUUCGCCGAGCUCAGGGAGCAGGGCAAGAUUGCCUUCAUUCCAUUCAUCACUGCUGGAGACCCUGACUUGGCCACCACAGCGAAAGCGCUGAAGAUCCUUGAUGCGUGUGGUUCAGAUGUAAUUGAAUUGGGUGUGCCUUACUCUGAUCCACUGGCUGAUGGUCCUGUUAUUCAGGCCUCUGCUACACGUGCGCUAGCAAAAGGCACCACAUUUGAGGAUGUUAUCUCUAUGGUGAAGGAGGUGAUACCUGAGCUGUCUUGCCCUGUAGCUAUUUUCACAUAUUAUAACCCGAUUCUGAAGCGUGGUAUCCCAAAGUUCAUGACUGUUGUAAAAGAAGCAGGUGUACACGGUCUUGUGGUACCUGAUGUUCCUCUGGAAGAGACAGAUAUUUUGCGGAGUGAAGCUGCCAAGAACAACCUAGAGUUGGUGCUACUGACAACACCGACUACGCCAAAAGAAAGAAUGGAAAAAAUUACGAAGGCUUCAGAAGGAUUCAUUUAUCUUGUAAGCACUGUUGGAGUUACUGGCACACGUGCAAAUGUAAGCUCCAAGGUGCAAUCUCUUCUUCAGGAUAUCAAGCAGGUCACAGAAAAAGCUGUGGCAGUUGGAUUUGGUGUGUCGACUCCAGAGCAUGUGAAACAGAUCGCAGGAUGGGGUGCAGAUGGUGUGAUUAUCGGGAGCGCGAUGGUGAGGCAAUUAGGGGAAGCUACUUCUCCUGAAGAAGGAUUGAAGAAGCUAGAAGAGUUAGCCAAGAGCCUGAAGGCUUCAUUGCCAUGAAACGAGCAUUUUCACAUGGAGAGCACAUAAGGAUGAUUUUUCUGCAGUAUGCUUUAAGUGUAGCAUUGGAACAUGUUUAGGUUUUCUGGGGUUGCUGUUGUGUGGUGAAAAUAAUGAUAUCUUUGUGUUGAAUGCUCGAAUGAAUAAAUCAAUGGUGCAGAAAAUAA